AUGAACGGACCAAUAACUCGUCCUCGCGUGUAUGUACCCAACAGCGUCAGAAGAGCCGUGCCAAGGGUAAAAAGAAAUGCCGAGUUCUUACCGCAACACGACCGAACCAAUGGUCUCUUCAUAUGUACGCGCAAUAUUUCUAAACGAACAAGGAUCACACAAGAGCCCGUGUCAGAACAACAGUGGGCACGGUGGCAAGGAUCACAGAUGCGAGACAAGCUGAAAAUGCUCUACCGCAGCUCUAGACCACAAGGCAACCCCCUUCCUACCCGCAUCGGUCUCGAGAUAGAGGUCCAGGAAUCAAGCACAAUAGCUGACCGCUUAUUCUUGGUCAUCUUUCGCCUCGAUUGCGAGCGGUCUCCUAUUCACUGCUCGUGGCUCUAUUUCGGCGCCAUCAUCAGCGUGGAAAUCAACGAGACACAGGGUUGA